GCGCGCCGCCCUUCUGGCGUCGUCUGCUGUGCUGUGCUGUCCCAUGCGUAACGGCUAUUUCGGCACGAACUCGGACAGGUGCUUCUCAUAUUCGAUCUAACAUUAUGUUAAGGGUAGGAAAGGUGGCCCGGUCUGGAGCCCCCCGGGGCAACCAGGGGGACCAUCAUGGCGCAACCGUCCGUGCCUACGCUGUGCUCGCAUGACUCGAUCGCUUCGUCGGAGUCUCCUAAGCGCUGCUGCACACUCAGGCGUCGCAGUAGUUCUCCCCCUCCUCUCUCACCGAGCUUCUCUUUCAACGGAAGACAGCUCUGUCCUCUGAGCAGAGAUUCUACCCUCGAAGACUGCAGUGCCGUCCGACUCGUCGGCUUCCACAAGCGAGGGAGCCUCGUCGUGGUUGACCCCGCGCCACCGUCCAACGGAACCAACAUGGAGGACACCCAACCUGCUUCGGCCGAGGACACAGCGGCACCAGAUCAGCUCCGUCAAGAUCAACUGAAUGCUUUGCUCCAGCAAACUCAAGAUGCCAUUCGGGUCGCGGACAGUUGCUCAAGUCCUUCUUCAUCCUCCGCUCCCUUAACCAAUCCGCCCUCGUCAGAAAUCUACAGACGAAUGGAGGGGGACGACUUGCAACGUUUUGUGCAGGAAGCCAACAUGCGUUGUUCUAACAGCAGUCACGAACAGUUCGUCGACUUCGUACGGACCAAUCGUCAGGCGUUCGCUCAACUGCUAGAAGAAACCGCCUCCAUGUUCAACGGAACGCUCAAAUUGCCAACGUCUUCGUUUGGUGACAGGGACUCUGGUAUUUUUACGGAUCACGAUAGCUGGAAUUGUGGUGCUGCUACUAGUGGUGGUGAAUCUAGGACCAGUUCAGGUGCGACCACGAGACAACAGUUUGUAUUUCCGUCGGAUUCGCCGUCCAUUUUUCGUGUCGUCAAUGGAAGUUCGUCGUCCGAAACUAACUUACGCACAUCCGAAAGCGUAUCCGUCACGGCUUCCGUCCGCAGCGGCGACACAGACCCUGCCCUUCACUUCAACACCCAUCCACUGGUCAGGAGAACGGACAAUGGAACUACGUCCAGGGGUCCCGACUCUGUCGACGGUGCCACGGAAAGGAACGCUCGAACGCUGCUCGAUAUGGGCGAUCUGUUUCGACGCAGUCCCCUGUUCGAAAGGACGCACAAUUUGUUCAGGGCCUCUGGCAUGAGCGACGUGAUGUCGGCGUCCGACACCCAACUGCGAGCCAAGCCUCGGCCCUUCUCUGACUUCGAAAGACUCAGUGACGCCUCACUGAGAUCGGAUCCGGAGGGUCUCAAUAUUCUGGGAAGGAUGAGUUCGUCGUUUCAUUUUAGCACCAGGAGUCAUUUUGAGUACUGCGGGGAAACCAAUACAUUUAGGUUCAGCACACAGCAGAUGUGCGAAAGUCUUUCGGGCAGCUACGAAAGUGUCUCGGAGAGCGAAGAUGAGGAAGAGUCGCUAGAAGAUGCUACGAGCCUCGGGGAAGAAGCAAAGAUCCUGGCUAUCGAGGAUGUCCCUGCUUCCAGAGUGGAUGACUCGAUAGACACCGUCAGUGCCUGCUCCCUCUCUAUCGGGACUCCCAGCAUAACCAGUAGUAGGCGACUGGAGAAGCCAACAACUGGUGUCGCUGCGAGCAGCUGGGGCAGAGUAGCGCAAGAGCUUCUAACUACGGAAAAAACGUACGUCGAAGUCUUGCACCUACUGGACCAGGUGUUCGCUUUUAGGGUUGACCAGGAGAACCGGGCCCAUUCUAUGUUUCCUCAAGCGGUCGUCUCCGCGAUGUUCUCGAACCUCAAGUCACUGUACCAGCUGCAUCACGACUUCCUUUUGCCCAAGUUGCAGGGCCGUAUAGACACCUGGGACAGUAACCCACGUAUCGGGGACAUCAUGAAGGAUUUUGCACCGUUCCUGAAGAUGUACACGGAGUAUGUGAGGAACUACGAUGAUGCAAUGCGGCUUCUGGGAUCCUGGUACAACAAGCAGCCAAGGUUUCAAGGCAUCAUGGAUGAUAUUCAUAGGAUGCCAGAAUGUGGUAAUCUUACCAUUCAACACCACAUGCUGACACCAGUUCAGAGGGUGCCACGAUACCAGCUCCUUCUUAAAGAGUACUUGAAGAAAUUACCCGAAGAUUCCCCAGACACGACUGAUACCGAGAAAGCCCUGGAGUUGGUCUCCACAGCUGCUAUCCAUUCAAAUGAAGCCAUGAAGAAAAUAGACAAAUUCAAGAAGCUAUUGGAAAUCCAGGACCUGGUCGGCGGCGUUAUGGAUCUUGUCAGUCCAACACGGGAGUUACUGCGAGAAGGGAAAAUUACGAAGAUAUGUGCAAGAUCAGGAGAUCAUCAGGAAAGACAUAUGUUUGUGUUCAACGACUUGGUCCUACUGUGCAGUCAGCGGUUGAUGAGCAAUCGGGUCGUGUCUGGAGCAUGCUAUCGCAUCCGAGCACGAGUGGACAUGGAUGGGCUCAUUGUGCAAGAAGGGGACAAUCUGGAGACGCCAAACAGCUUUUACAUCAAGAACACUGGCCGUUCUAUAGAACUGUUCGCUCAAACACCUGAGGAGAAAAUGUCCUGGAUGCAGACACUUGCUAAGGCAGUGCAUGACUUGAAGAUGCGGAAGAGCUCACUCAGAGUCGGACUCAGUGGAUCUAAGAGUCCGGAAGAAUUAGAACUUGGCCAGAGGGCUCCAGUCCUGGUGAAGGCAGACACAGUGUCACACUGCCAGAAGUGCUCUAUGGCUUUUUCUGCUCUGGGUCUACGAUGGAAGCACCACUGCCAUGCAUGUGGCAUCGUGGCGUGCAGUAAAUGUCUUUCACGAAAAACGAAACUAGCCUAUGACAACAACCGAGCCAGCCGCGUGUGCUCUUCCUGUUGGGAGGCCAUCUUGAAGAAUCAUCCCGACAGAGCCGAUGCGGAACGUGAAAUAAAAUCACCAUUGGAAAGUCCAACGUUCCAGGCUGAAAACGCCGUGAUCAGUGGCUAUUUGAAACUGAAGACCGGAGGUCAAGACAAGAGCUCGAAGGCCUGGGCGAGACGAUGGUUUGCUCUGCAACGUGACUUCGUCCUCUACUCCUUCAAGUCCCACGAGGACUUCCUCCCGUUGACAUCCAUGCCAGUUCCUGGUUUCUUGGUGAGCAUUGCCGAAAAAGGCGAUGGUGUGGACCUGAGGCUUCCCAUCUUUAAACUUUUCCACCAGAAAAAGACAUACUUCUUCCAGGCAUCAGACGUAGAGGAGUUAGAAAGGUGGACGAAGGCGCUAGAAAAGGCAUCAAGAGCCGAAGAUCCCGGCUAAACGCUUGCCUUUAGUUUCACAUCAUUCAAAUGUCAUUCUAAUAACUUAGGGUUGUACUCAAUUGCUCAUUGACAAUGUCCGGCUUCGACGCAGAGUGAGGAUUCCGCUCAAUUAAGAAGCAGUCAUCCCAGUGAAGAUGGAUAACCUUUUGGGGCGUUAUUUGUGUUGUUGCUGCUUGUCUGCCAAAGCUGCCAUCUACGAUUUGCAAGGAAUUCACAUAUCACAUUUGCACAGUCCACGUACGCUGGUUUCAUAUUAUCUAAGGAUAUUCGUUUGAUACGAUUCACAAGCCUUACUUUUUAUCUCCUCAGCACGAGUACCACGUGCUAUACGAACCUCUGCAAUGUUGUGUAUUUAUUGAGUGUUCACACUUGCAUAAUUUGUACAUAUGAACCGAUACCUGUUUUUAAUACCGAUGCUGUUUCCUAUGAAUGUCAAGUGUAUAUUCACUAUGUUGACUAGUCGUAACAGGUUUUAGAACAUGACUAUGAGGCACUGCAAGCCGUGAGUUUUGCUGAAUAUCGCCUUUUAAUGUUUGUAUUGGUAACGCGUCAUGUCUUUGGACGGUAUACCGUUAUGCAUAAACCAGGAUUCGAUGGAAGCUAGUCUUCUAGCCUCUGAGUGAAAAGUCGUCAUCCUUACUAAGCCAGAUCUCUGCUGCGAACACGUGUUAGAGUUAGAGUUAAACGAGUUAGAGGUCAAGGCAGUGAGGAGGAGCUUCUGAGCAACAAUGGCGCCAUGGUGUAGAAGAUCGUACAAUCACUUACACCAUCUAUAACAUUUUGCACGCACCGGUCACAUCACAUACAGACAGAGUUGUACACGUUACUCGGAAAAAGUAAUUGAUUACAAUUACUGUUACUACUGCGCGAAAAGUAAUUCUUUACCGUUACAAAUUACUUCAUCGAAAAUGUAAUACGUUACCGAUUAAAAAAUGUAACGCGUUACUUUUCCCGUUACUUUAAAUUGUGAGCCAUAGCAAAGCCAACAAGGCUGCAGUGAAUGCAACCAUGCAGCUCUUGUUGCAAAUUCUAGUAUGAGACACCAACAUACUUGAUAAGUGAAAUUCACAAAUACAUUUGAAAGCAACAUACAGAACGCAUAUACGGGUUUAUUACAGAUUUAUGUACACAUUUAAAACAACAUCGAAACAUAUCUGUUUCAUUUUAUUACUAUAUUGUUAUGUUCAGCCCGCACAAUUUAUCAAUACAGUCACCUAUUUUACUGUUGCUCCAGUAGGUCGCAGUAUAAGGGAUUAUCAUAUUACUGUGGUGUGCAUGAAACACGUGUGGACUAGAGACGGCCGUCACAGUGAUCUCUGCGUCAUUGCUUCAGUUGAACUCGUGGUGGAACAGAAGAACAGAUUGGCUUGCUGGAAAGAGUUGCCAUUGUUGACAGAAGGUUAAAAAAGUAAUCGAUUACUCAGUAAUUGAUUACCGAAAAUUGUAAUCAGAUUACUUGGAAAAUUACUUGCUCACAAAAUUAUGUUAAAAAAUUACUGAAAAAAGUAAUUGAUUACUAGUAACGCAGUUACUAGUAACGCGUUACGUACAACUCUGCAUACAGAUGACUUCGAGGCAUCGUCGCCCCGUAGAACCGCUGUCUUACACGAAGCGUCGUUCACAUGCGCUGUAAGGAAAAAGGAGUAGGUCGAGGGGGAGGGGGGGGGCAAUUACAGCUCCUAGUCGCCUAAAUUGCAAUUACUCUUUAUUUUAGUCCCCUGUCCCUGAAAAUUACUCCUCUGCACUGUAAAUAGUCCCUAAACUCCACAUAUGCUUCCGUGCAUUUCGUCCCCAAAGCGACUGUAGUCGUGUUAAACUUAAGAAGGAAAAAGAAAUCAAGUCUGUCAGCUCUCAAACUACGGUAUUACUGCUCCGCGGAUAGGAUGGCUGGGUGCGGUGAGGUCACGCGCCCUCCUUGCGCCAGAUAAUGUAAUCCUCCGUACUCGCUCUGCUUCCGUAUUGGCUGUUAAGACUGGCGCAUGACACUACGCUCUGUCAGAAAGUGCGCUCCCUUACUGAUGGCGCAUGGUGGGCUGCAGUAUUUCUCCUGGCGCGCUAUUGCUUCUCCUUAUCUCCAACAGCGUAUAUAGUGGACUGACUACAUUUCUUUUCCUUUUUAAGAUGAACACGACUAUUAUGGUUAUGGCUAUACAUCUGAUACCCAAAAGGACUAAAACUACACUUUUUUUUUUCUUGAGAGAAUAUAAACGUUUGAAACUUUGCCUCUUGCUGGUCUCGCUUAAGCGUUGCCGCCCGGAAGGCAAAUCGCACGCAAAAAAAAAAAAAGUGUUUAGACAAGUGUGUGACAGUUCUUCACACACAUGUCAUACUGCCUUUUGCUGCAACGAAAGGCUAAAAAACGAAAGGAUACAUUCACCUUUUCAUGCACCUUGUGCCCCAAUUCUCGGUGCCGUAGCGAAACAUACUGUAAGAAGUGCCAACGAGAAAAGAUUUUUUCGUCUCAGGUUUGAUUCACGAAUUAUGUUGCUCAAACUGUAAGAUAAGACUGUUAAACAAAGGAAAAGCUCUGCAGACUAGUACCUCUGUCACACAUGCAGUCUUCAAUCACCAUUGAAACCAAUUGCCAUUGAACAUGAGCGUAGCGCCCCCAAGCGCGUAACUUGGCAACCUGUCAUAGAGCAUUGAAUCCAAUGCUCUUGGAGAAGUUGACAGGGUUCACGCUUGGUGGCGCCACACGCAUGAUUUCAAUGAUGCUUGAACACUGCCUUUGUGACAGAGGCGUAACAUGAUGGCAUUAUGAAAGAAAAUAAACAUUGGAUUGCA